GAGUGAGCUACUCCCCGGCCUGUGAAAGCCUAAAGUAGAACUGAUGGGCGGGAUAAAAUGGAAGCGACAACCAAACACAAACUCGCAAGAGAAGACAGGACCAAUCGGGACGGUAAAGGGAGGAGAGAAGUUCAGCCAAUAAGCAGUAGAGACCGGCCUGGACAGUAAGCACAUCUACCAAUAAGAAACUCGGGGUGUGUCUUCCAAGUUCACAGGGGGAAGAAGGGUUUAAUCCAAGCAGAUGCUGGCCAAUGAGCUUAGAGGCCGAGCUAAGCUUAACCAAUCAGAGAGCCCAUCUGACAUCGGCACCGUUACUGGGGCGCGGCCUCUGAGCCCACGUCAGGAAAAGGCCCUUGGCCUUCCAAUGUGGGACUUGGUCGAAUUCUAGUCCUCCCAAUCCCUGCUCGGCGCAGACAAUUCAAACUGACAGCGGGUUAGAAAAGCAGAGAAAGCGGAAGAAAGAGCAAAACCCGGCGUGUUCCGUGACUGACUCCGGUGCUGACCGAGCCUAUUCCAAGGCCUCUCCCCUCCACCUCGCAACAUCGCUGCUCACUUUGGAGCCACCUCUGUGGGAGAGACCUUAAGGGUAACGGGCAGCGAGUGCGAGAGCUGGGUAGAGAGGACUCCGAGAGCUGUGGUGCGAGGGAGGGAGCCCGCAGCCGAGCUCGGAGAGGAGAGAGCAGGACAGGUCCAGAGCCGGCACGGAAAGGACUAAGGGGCGUUGAAUCCUACGAAGAAGCCGCGUGGAGCAGAGCAAGGAAUUGGAGCGCUCUGCGGGCGGAGCUCGCGCUGGGAGUGGUCAGAGAGGCGAGGCUUUAAAGGGAAGAGUCCUCUGGGAAUCGCCAAAUUCCCGGGCUGGAGUCAGAGCUGAAGAGCAGAAGGUUCUUGAAGACCAGAGAAAAUAAAGCCUGUGGCGAAGUCUUCCUUCAACUCCACUUGUCUCUCCCUACCUCGAACUCCCAUUUCCCUUCCCUCCCCAGGUCAAAAAGAAGUAAAAUUUGUUCCGCCUACUCAAUAAAUACUAAUCUUACCUUUCCACCAGGAAAACAGGACUCUCUUCCUAGUUUUAGAGCUUAGAGAACUCAAGACCUUCCUUAAACUCGAUUGUUAGCCUGAGGAAAUCAAGGUUUCCCCUUUCAAAACUCUGCACCUCUUAUCUGCGCGGGACACUAUGUCUACCAACAACUGUACUUUCAAGGACCGAUGCGUGUCCAUCCUGUGUUGCAAAUUCUGUAAACAAGUUCUCAGCUCUAGGGGAAUGAAGGCUGUUCUGUUGGCUGACACUGACAUAGACCUUUACUCUACAGACAUCCCUCCUACCAACACAGUGGAUUUCAUUGGAAGAUGCUAUUUCACAGGAAUCUGCAAGUGUAAACUGAAGGACAUCGCAUGUUUAAAAUGUGGGAACAUUGUAGGCUACCAUGUGAUUGUUCCGUGUAGCUCCUGCCUUCUUUCCUGCAACAACGGACACUUCUGGAUGUUUCACAGCCAGGCGGUUUAUGGUAUAAACAGACUAGACUCGACUGGUGUAAACUUCCUACUUUGGGGCAAUUUGCCAGAGACAGAAGAAUGCACAGAUGAAGAAAUGCUAGAGAUUUCAGCAGAAGAGUAUAUUCGAUGAGAGAAUUAUGAUGUACUAUAUGAAGGUUUUUAUAAUUUUUCUAUUUAAAGUAUUUAAUUGGUCAAUUUUUAACAUUGCUAGUAAAGAUUUGCUGGUGGUUUAAAAUA